CACUUGGGAUAAUGUUUAUGACUGAAGAACAGCAUUUAUACUACAUUAUCUUUAUUUUUUCUGAUGUUUCCCCAUUACAGAGGCGCAGCCUGCCGAAUGGAACGCUGUGCAUCAAGGCUCUAGGGCUCGCCUCCCAUCCCAGGAGAACAAUACAAGACUGAGGCGGAGGCAGAAAUAACACGGGAGUCAUGUCUGACUCUGAGACCAUUGAGACAGCCUCUCUGGGCCGACCAUUCCAGCUGGGGAUGCUGUAUGACUGUCGCAGGGAUGUCCUCAUUCCAGGUAUCACACUCUGGGAUUCUGAAAUGCUACAGAAAGACAUAAAUGUCUCUCCACAACCUAACACUGAUUUCAAAAUCAUUGCUUCCGACUCAAGUGAAGCCAAGUCAGAAGCUUUGAAUGUGUCUGCAUCUCUGGAGGCCAGUUUCCUUGGUGGCUUAGUCAGUGUGAAGGGUUUUGCUGAAUUCCUACAUGAUAAGAAGACCUCAAAGCAUCAGUCUAGGGUUUCUCUGCAGUACCGUACCACCACUCACUUCAAGCAGCUGACCAUGGACCACCUGGCGGCAGGAAAUGUGAAACACUGUAAUGUCUUCCGUCAUGUGGUGACUGCCAUUCUCUACGGUGCACAAGCCUUCUUUGUUUUUGACCGUGAGGUUUCCUCAGGAGAAAACCACUAGGAUAUUCAGGGAAACCUGCAAGCCACAAUAAAGAAGAUUCCCCUCAUAACAAUAGAAGGGCAGGCAUCACUGAAGAUGAGCGAGGAAGAGCAGCAACAGGCCAAUACAUUCAGCUGCACUUUCCAUGGUGAUUUUGCACUAGAAAACAACCCUGUCACAUUUGAAGAUGCCACCAGGCUGUAUGCCGGCCUGCCACGUCUGUUAGGGGUAAAGGGAGAACAUGCUGUGCCCAUGACUGUCUGGCUCUAUCCUCUCAAGAACCUGGACUCUGCAGCGGCCCAGCUAGUCAGGCAGAUCAGUGUUAACCUGGUGUGUCGCGCACAGCGAAUCUUAGACGGGCUGGACAACACUGAUGUACUAUUCCGGGACUUGAUGAUGGAAGGCAUGGCUAUCAAGUUCCCUGAAAUCAAAGCCAAGCUCAGCAAGUUCAGGGACUUGUGCUCAGAGUACAAGCUGGUUUUCCAGAAAGGUCUUUGCAAGGUUCUUCCCAACAUAAGAGGAGGAGGCAUGGAAGAAGAAGAGCUGAUAAAAAUGCUCAACAGUAAGGAACGCUCUCCAUUCCAGAAUGACCUUAUGAUCACAUACCUGGAUGACAGAGAGAGAGAUGAAUGUUGUCAGCUCUUACCUUGACAUAAUGAAAGAGGUACAAGUUGUGUACUCAAGUAGUGAAUUGGAUGGAAUAGUGCUUGAUCAAGCUAAAGAUCAUGUAGUGUGCUUUGCAUUCUCCUCUUUGAAGGACAAAGAUGAGUAUUUGGUAGACUUGGAGAACUACUUGCUGAAAGAAUCAAAGAGUGAUUCUUCAGUGAUACCAUACGACCCCAACGCAGUUGGGAAAUCAGCAGCAGAAAAGUGGUUUCGCUCGGGGAGGUAACCACCCUAACCAGGCAAAUCAUACAACUGUUCCUAGACUUCAAAGAGUCAAACAAAGACAGAGAAAAUAUUGCAUUCUGCAUUGCAUCGAUUCCAAGCAAAUGCAUCACUGCAUCCUCCAUCCAUGUCUAUGAGAGAGGGACACUGUUGAGUCCCCAGUUUGAACUGCCAUCAAAGCCAGGUGUCCCCACCAUCAAGAGUCUGGAGCAUGACUGUGUCCACCUUCAAAUCAACCCUCCCCACCUUGGCGUCAAGUCUGUGGAGUCGUACCAGGUUUUGUACCAGGCUGUGCAGGCUGAAUCUGAGUGGACAGAGAUCAAAGCUGAUGCUACCACUAACCAGGUCACCAUCAGACGUUUGAACGGACA